UAUUACGGUGCCCUGUGGUUUAGUUGUAGUGGUACUUCUCUGUCUAAAAGUCUGAUAAAAUUCAUAAGGGAUUCUGCAAUGAUGGCAGACGGAGACGUUAGCUACGCUUCAGUUGUAUUUAAAGCUAACAAGCAACCCCGACAGGAAGCUCAAAAAGAAGAGGAAACUGUGUAUGAUGAAGUGAAAGUGGCAAAUCAAACAGCUGAACAAAAUCCUGAUGUAAAUGGAUUCUUGCCAGACAAGAAAGCAGACAGCAGACGUCGCUGCUAUCAGCAGCUGGCUUGUGGUUUGGGGGCUCUAUGUGUAGUUUUGCUGUUGGGCAUCAUAGCCAUUGUUAUCUACAUUUCUACAUUAAAUAAUGUGAAUGAUGUAAGUCAGCUGAGCCAGUUAAAAGACAACCAAACGGCAUUAAUGGCUGUCAAUCGCAACCUGACAAAAAUCUACAACAAACUCAGCUCAGACAAUGAGAAGUUGAUGAGGAACCACGACAACCUGACAGUCCAGUUUGACAACCUGACACAAGCCUAUGCUGUCUUAGAAAGCAACAUCACCAGCCUGACUGCAGAAAAACGGAACCUCACAACGAAUAUCAACAAACUGAAUGCACAAAACCAGGAGCUGGAGAUGGACAAGAAUAACCUGGCAGAACAAAUACAAAACUGGAAGAAGUUCAACACCAGUCGAGCUCAGUGGAGCAUUGAUGAAUACUGCCCGAAAAACGAAGGAAAACGUGAAUGUGAACCCUGUCAGAAGGGCUGGCGAACGGCCGAGUCCAACUGCUAUGCAAUUAAUGAUCCUACGAAUUAUGAAUACCUGAGAACCUGGGAAGAAGCUCAAGAAGACUGCAGUGGAAAGAAUUCAGAUUUGGUUGUUGUUGCUACUGAAGCAGAAAAGAACUAUGUUAAUGCUAAUAGUUGGCCUUACGGAAACCUUAUACAAUACUGGAUUGGCCUGAGAGCUGUAGAUGGGAAAUGGAAGUGGAUUGAUGGAAGUGAUCUGACUGAAAACUCCUGGAUGUCUGGACAGUCUGCUGUCGAUGGUUAUUGUGUUGUUUCUAUCCAAAAUAAAGGAUGGAAAUCAGUGAACUGCACUCAGAAGAACCGCUGGAUCUGCCAAAAGAAAGCUUUGUCUGUUUAAACACUGCAAACUUGAGAAGAUUACUGAACAGUUGGUAGACAUUCAUUACAUGGAAGCUUGUAUGAACUGUGUCAAGAAUGUCAAAACUAGAUGCUUAUUUAGAGGAAAGAGAAAUAAAUGUAUUUAAAGUCAUUUAUUUUCUAAAGUCGUUUGUGUAUGUGCUUACAGCAUUUGUGUGUGUGGAGAAAAAAAAGAUAAUUUCCGUUGUGUCAAUCCGUUGACAUCUGCACUGAGUAAAAUAAAGUAGCUAGCCUGUCAGUGCACACAAAUGUUGUUUAUUGUUAACUUUAACUUUGCUUUUUAUUUUGUGCGCUGCAAAAGAUGCACUUGCAAUUUGUACAUCAGCACACUGAUAAAAUGUAGCAUUUUCCAUUUCUGCUGCUGUUUGGUCAACAGGGGGUGCUGCAUUGCUUCUAAACAACCUGUUAUCAGGGCUUUUGUGUCAUUUAUAUCCAAUGUAAAGAGCAUUUUAAUGAAGAGCAGGCAGCUGAUGUUAUAUAUCUGAUUACAAGCAAUGUUUUGGGUAUUUUGAAUAAAAAUGUUGCCACAUGACUCAUUCUUGUUCAUUAAAAAUGUCAGUCAGUUUUAAUAAAAUGAGGAAAGACUG